AUGGGGUCGGAAAGUCUCAUGAUCCUUUAUGAAGAUAAUUCAGUGGAAGUCCACUAUCCAGAUGGUUCCAGAUUGCUCCUUUCUCCAUGUGGAUCAGAGUUAUUAUUUGAAAAGGCUGUUCCUCCCUCUGCUCACCCAAUGCAGCCACCGGAAAGAGUUCGUCAGAGGACACCAUUUGCUAUUAGCCUCUAUCGGGAACAGCUCUUGCGGGCAAUAGAUUUCCGAAAUCAAUAUUCUGAGCGACCCUAUUUACCUUCAGACAUUAUACCUCCAGAAAAGAAAAAUGUCAUUUUCACAGAUGUCACUGAAGCCCAAUGGCCUGGCCUUGAUACGGCUAAUGAGGAAAUGUGUCUGUCAAAUGGCAAUGUGAAAGUCACAUCUUUAGAUGGACAUGCUUCUCUUCUUUUACCAGAGCUUCAGCAAGAAUUCACGGUGGAGUUUUUAUGCAAAGUAAGCAAGGGACUAUCAAUCCCAUUAUCAUUUUCAAAGAGGAACUCCUGUAAGUCAACCCAAGAAUGUUACGAAAGUUCCAGCCAAAGUUCUGACUUAAAAAUGUGUUCAAGGCUGCUAGGGACAAAAAUGAAGGAUGAUGUAAGUAUAGAAAAUUGUGUACAAGAGAACAAUUCAAGUGCUGUGCAAAAAGAUAAGAUAUCUCAGUCUUCCCAGAAGAGUUUAUUUGAAUAUUGUAGAGUUAUACAGCAUAUAUCAGUAUCAUCCUGCCCUGAAGAAUGGAAGUACCCUUUGUCAUUAGCAUUAAGAAUCAAUCAAUCAUAUAAUGGAAAUGAAGUUGGCUCUAAUAAAGGAAAGAAUGAAGUUGAUAGCCUAAGCCUGGAUCUUGCUAAUGAAUGCAGAAUGGCUGACACAGUUACUUCUUUACCUUCAGCUUUACCUCUCAGUUGUCAUGCUCCAUUUCUACACAGGUGGACCUUCACUGAUUUUUUUGAACAAAAACAGGAGGAGGAUGGAUAUCACUCAUACUCACAGCCUAUCAAAGUACUUUGGAGCAAGGGUAUUAUUUACAGGUUUUCUCUUGGACUUAGAAGCAUAGAAAUUUAUCCUGGUGAUGGAUCAGUCUUUAAAUCAGAAGGUUUCUUUUUGGGAAAAUACUUCACUCGUUAUUGUAUUAAUCAACAAACGAAACAGAGAGAAGAAACCAUGUACUCUGUAAGCGGCCUACCACCUGAUGUCCCCGGGAGUCUCUACUCUGUAUGGACAAUUAUAACACAGUCAGUAAGAGUUCUUCAACAUGAUCUUGAAAACAUGCUUUCCUUAACACAUAAUUAUAAUGUUUGCUGCUGGAAGUUGAUAGUUUUAGUCGAGAACAGCAAUAUUCCAGGUAGGAUUUCAGCUGUGGGAAGAAAUCUGUCAUCUAACCUAGAUACAGAAAGUGUAUCAGAAGAAGUCUUUUUGGCAGAGGAUGUCUCUAUCAAGAACAUAACUGAGUCUCUGGAAAAAACUUCGAAAGUUAUAAAUGAUAUUGACUCUCUUCUGGCUUCUUCCACAAAGUGUACUGUUGGAGUCAAAAAUAUUUCAAGGAAAGCUGUCCAUCUUUAAUUUGACUGGAAAAACAAAGGUCACUAACUGCACAGAUGAUUAUAUAAGAU